UGACCGAUGACUAAGUCAAAUUUUUUCUUUUUACAGACUGAGAAGAGUAAAAUACUAAUUCUCUGCUCUCCGAUUUUCAUUUAGAAAGCUUUAAAAGGUACUUAAUUAUGCUUCUGAUUAUGUUUUUCUCCACUCUAUUUACUUUCACAUUCAUUGAAUCAGUGAAAAAUAGGUGGACCUGCCGCACUCAAGAUACAGAGAUAUCUUACUCUUCCUGUGAUGACAAGAAGCCCAUACCAACAAUAAAUGUUAGACCCUGUUUAAGUUGGAACUACACCAAAGGAAAUUUGUCUCUUUACUAUGUGCCACGGAGAGACUUGAAAGAUCUAUAUUUUAAUAUUCAUGCAGAAUUUAAGUCAUCUGUAAUAUUACCACAUAGAAAAGAAAUUAUAUGCCAUGGAGCUGAUGGUGAUUAUUCAUUCUGCAAUAUUUUAAAGGGAGAGACCCUCAAUGCAACAGUGUACUUUUCCUUCUCAUUACUAAAGUUUCUGAAGAUGAGUAAACUGAGGCAAACAGCCUUAAGUACCUUGCUCAUGGCCAUCCGGCUAGUAAAUGUCUGAGACUGGAUUCGAACUCAGGUAUUCCUGACUCAAUCAGGUACAGUACUCUAUCUAUCCACUCUAUCUAUCUAUUUGUCAUUUAGCUGGUCUUAACUCCAGUGGAUCUUUUAAAAAAUACAGGUGGAGGAGGGUGGGAAUAAUACCUUGAACAGAUAUCACUUAGUAACUUAAUGAAGACAGUUGCAACAUGCAAGAAACUUGAGAGCCAGGUAUUCCUUACUCUAAAUCAACCCUCUAACACGACCCAAUGCUGCUUCUCAUCUGAUAGUUGAGAGCUAGGCCUUAGGGAAAUGAAGCACAAAAUGAAGGUGAGGGGAAGUGAGAGAUGAAAUGCAAAUGUCAGGGUAGAGGAGGUGGUGACACUACAGAAGAAGUGAGAUUCUUUGAACUGCCAAUUUUGCCUACUUUAAAGUUUUGUUGAGUUCUAGUUUUGGAUAGCAGAAUCUUGAAAGUCCUCAGUAAGUCUUGAGAGAAAUUAAAAAAUCCAAUAGCUG